AUGACACUGAUCUUGAUCUUUGGAUACGGCGCCUUUGUCCCUUGGAGUGUGACCGGCUUUUUCCAGAAUUACACCAUGCAAAUUGUGGCACCUAUUCUCUACUAUGGUUGGAAAUUGUUCAAGAGAACAAAGACUGUCAAACCGAGAGAACUCGACCUGAUUUGGGAACGGCCCGUCAUUGAUGCCUACGAAGCCAGCUUCAUCAGUCGUCCCAUCGAGUUCUGGACCGAGAUGGGCCAAUUGGUCGGCAUUAAGAGGCACCUGAGGGAUGACGAACGGAUCACGAAUCCAUGCACAGGGCGAAGUUGGGAACGAAGACGGCCAGGCACAAGAAACAGUGGUGUCUUGCCGUCAUCUCCCGUGAACGGGAAGACUAAUUUCGGCCGCACAGAUUCCUACGGGUGGUUGUCGUUGUAUCCUUCGAUAGUACGUGCCGUCUAA